AUGAGCGAGCCGGCGUCGAAGCGGCGCAAGGUCCGCAAGGGAACCCGCAGUUGCUGGGAGUGCCGUCGCCGCAAGAUCAAGUGCGAGUUCGCCAGCGAUGAAGACCCGGUCUGCGUGGGCUGCAUCGCGAGGGAGUCGAGAUGCGUGUCCCAAGAAGAGGCCACGGAGCCUGUUCCCGCUCCGGACCGACGACUGGCUCAGCGUCUCGGCCGGCUGGAAGAGCUUAUGGAGAAGUUGGUCAAUAAUACAGCAGCCGAGGAUCCAGCACCGCAACGCAUACCCUCUCCCUCGGAGUCGCCAGCUACAGGUCCCUACACCGGUCUCACCGAGGACUCUGGGGACAUAUUCAACAACUCAGCCGUAGGAAACGCCCAUCAAAUCGCCUCCUUCACCGCGGGAGAAACACCCCUGAGCAGCGUCAGCCUCCCGAGUCCCCGGGCCUUCUGCGUGCGAGGCACCGCGCGCGCAGCUCGGUACCAGAGCAUCUCGAAGCAGCUCCACGCCCUGUUUCCGCCGCAACAAACCCUCUACGCCAUCUCGCAGCAGAGCCCCGGCGCCAAGUACGUCCUGGCGGCCUUCUACUCGCAGCAGGACCAGAUCGACGGCAAGCCCGAGCCCAUCUCGUCGCUGGCGCAGGUGCCCGACGUGACCAGCCAUCCCGCCAUCCUGGCCAAGCGCCUGCUGCAGCUGGCGAUAUGUCUGCAGCAGCUGCCGCCGUACUUUGACAGCAGCGGGCUGAGGCUGGGCAAGUCGCCCGCGGAGACGAUGGAGGAAUGGGUGGCCAUGGUCGGCAGGCUGGUGACGUCGGACGACGACCUCGUCGGCUCCCUCGAAGGCCUCGAGUGUCUCAUCCUGCAGAGCUUCUUCCAGAGCGACGCCGGGCACCUGCGCAAGGCGUGGAUGACCUCGCGUCGCGCGCUCAACAUGGCGCAGCUCAUGGCCAUCGACCGCAAGACGACCAAGUCGAUCCGCUCGUGCGACCCAGCCUUCGAUCCCAAGCGCCAGCCCUCGCCGCCGGUGCUGUGGUUCCGCAUCAACUGCUCCGACCGCUACCUCUCGCUGGUCCUGGGCCUGGCCAUCGGCUCGCGCGACGACGAGCUGCUCUUCGGCGAGAGCGCGCUGCCCGAGCCGCCCAGCGACAAGCUCGGCAAACUGUACUCAAUCAUCGCCGGCAAGAUCGCGGACCGCAACCACCUCACGGGCAGCGAGGCGUACGUCAUGACGCAGGCCAUCGACAUGGACAUCGAGAAGGCGGCCAAGAUGAUGGACUCCAUGUGGUGGAAGCUGCCGGACAUGGCCAUCUGCUGCAGCUCGUCCGACACAUUCAUCGACGAAAUGUCGGUCGUCAAGAUCCAAGUCCGCCACUUCUCCCUCCUCAUCCUGCUGCAUCUGCCGUACCUCGUCCAGCCGCCGGGCCAGCGCCGCUACGAGUACAACCGCGCGACGUGCAUGCAGGCCAGCCGCGACGUGCUGGCGCGCUUCCUCGAGUUCCGCGGCACGUACACGCAGGCCGUGUCGGGGCGCCACGUCGACUACUCGGCGCUGAUCGGGGCCAUGACGCUGCUGCUGGGAUAUCUGGGGCCGGCCGCGUCGUCGAUGCCCGGCUACGAGGCCCAGCGCGCGCAGGACCGCGCCACGGCCGAGACGGUGCAGCAGAAGAUGCACGAGAUGGGCUCGCUGAACAACGACCGGCUGUGUCUCGAGUCGGCCGACACCAUCCGCCAACUGCUCCCCAUCGUGCAGACACCGGCGCUCGGAGGCAGCGGCGAUGACCGAACUGUGCACUUGAACAUCCCGUUCCUAGGGACGGUCAACAUCCACCCUGGCCCGAGUCCUCCUGCGACUCUGCUGCCGUCGACGGGCUCAACUCCGGCCGGGCAUCCAUCCGCAGACGGGGGUGGCAUCUUGCAGUCCUGCCUGCCCUUCGACCAGCCGUGCCCGUAUAUAUCCAUGGACAGCGGCGUGGGCACCGAGUGUCCCGCAAACGCAGCCGCAAACUUCACCGAGUGGCCGUGCUUCACCGCAGAUCUAGAGGACUGGGCGCUUCAAGGAGUGGACACGACGUAUUGGUCCAUGCUGAACAGCAACAUAACAGGACAAGGUGGUGAUAUAUAA